CAGAGAUGGGAGAUGGCGCCGGUGCUGCCCGUGGUGCUGCCCCUCCAACCCCGCAUCCGUCUGGCGCAGGGGCUCUGGCUCCUCUCCUGGCUGCUGGCACUGGCCGGUGGCCUCACCCUCCUCUGUAGCGGGCACCUCCUGGCACAGCUGUGGCACCUUGGCACCUUCCUGGCUCCCUCUUGUCCAUUCCCUGCUCUGCCCCAGACUGCCCUGGCAGCAGGAGCGAUGGCUCUAGGCACAGGACUAGGGGGUGCAGGAGCCAGCCAGGCGAGUCUGGAUGCAGCUCGCUACCCUCCCUGGCGAGGGGUCCUGAGUCCGCUCCUGGUGGCUGGCACUGCUGCAGGAGGAGGAUUGCUGGCCCUUGCCUUGGGGCUAACCCUGGUUUUGCCAGCAAGUCUGCACCAGGGACUGGAGGAAGGCCUGGAGGCUGCCUUGGCUCACUACAAGGACACAGAGGUGCCUGGACACUGUCAGGCCAAACGACUGAUGGAUGAGUUGCAGUUGAGGUUCCACUGCUGCGGACGCCAUGGCUACAAGGAUUGGUUUGGUGUCCAAUGGGUCAGCAACCGUUACCUGGACCCCAGUGACCAAGAUGUGGUUGACCGGAUCCAGAGCAAUGUGGAAGGUUUAUACCUGAUUGAUGGAGUCCCCUUCUCCUGUUGCAACCCCCACUCACCCCGGCCUUGCCUGCAAAACCAACUCUCUGACCCCUAUGCCCAUCCACUCUUUGAUCCUCGGCAACCCAACUUAAAUCUCUGGGCACAAGGGUGCCAUGAGGUACUGCUGGGGCACCUGCAGGGAUUGGCAGGCACACUGGGAAGCACGCUGGCUGUCACCUUCCUGCUCCAGGCUCUAGUGCUCGUCGGCUUGCGGUAUUUGCAGACAGCGCUGGAGGGGCUUGAAGGAGUCAUUGAUGGGGAAGGAGAGACCCAGGGCUAUCUUUUUCCUGGUGGGCUGAGAGACAUACUGAAAACUGCCUGGCUACAGGGAGGGACUGCCCACAAGCCAGCACCAGAGGAGGCCCCACCAGAAGAGGAACCUCCCAAGGAGGAUCUACCUGAGGCCUAGUAACCUGAGGUGGGGGGGCAGUGGACAAAUAUGAAAAACUUACCUUUUUUAUUUUAUUUUUUGGUUUUUAGAGACAGGGUUUCUCUGUGUAGCUUUGGAACUCA